AGAGGGUCACCUCAGGAGCAGAAGAGGGGGGGGGUGCAGAGCCGGCCGCCCGCGCCAUGCGGCUGUUCGUUCGCGACCUCGCCGGCCGCGCGCUGCCCGUCGAGGCAAGCCCGGAGGCGAAUGUGGACAGCUUGAAGGACCGGCUCGCCGCCGAGCUGGCGGUGCCGGCGGCCGAGCAGCGGCUGACCUUUGGCGGCCAGGCGCUCGAGGGCUGCACGCCGCUGGGCGCCUGCGGGCUCCAGGACGAUUCCACCGUCUUCCUCUCGCUGGAGCUUUCGGGAGGCGGCAAGAAGCGCAAGAAGAAGACGUACACUAAGCCCAAGAAGAUCAAGCACAAGCGCAAGAAGGUCAAGCUGGCAGUGCUGAAGUUCUACAAGGUUGACUCGAGCGACAAGGUGUCCCGCCUCAGGCGCGAGUGCCCCCACGAGCUCUGCGGACCGGGCGUCUUCAUGGCCAUGCACUUCAACCGCUACUACUGCGGCAAGUGCCACCUCACCUACCUCAUCAAGAAGGGCGACGGCGACUGAGCGCACCCGGGCCCUCUUGGGGUCGGGAGGCCGGGCCGGGCGGUUGCGAGGACGGCACGAACGGCGGGCAGGCCCACCCUCCGAGAAAAGGGCGCCCGUGUCCCGCACCUCGCGC